CUGCUGUGGCCAAGACUUCCAAUACUGUGUUAGCAUCCUCGCCUUGUUCCUGAUGUUAAGCAGGAAGCUUUUCCCUGUUGAGCAUGAUGCUAGCUGUGCACUGGUCAUACGUGGCCUUACAUUUUGAGGGUGUGUGGUGAGCUCAGAUCUGAGCAUUGACUGAGCAUGGGGGUGGCUCUGACAAGGUCUGCACAGUGGACUGCUGCUGGAUAUGGGACCAGAACCCUGGAAAUUACUCCACUGAAUGAAGUGAUAUUGAAAGAAAUUGCGAUGUUUGUGGAGAGUUUUAUCUACAAACAUCCUCAAGAAGCAAAAUAUGUUUUUGUAGAACCACUUGAAUGGAAAACAAACUUGGACCCCUCAGCAUUUGAAUCAGGAUAUAUUGUCAGUGAAACAACAGUCAAGUCAGAAGAAGUUGAUAAAGAUGGGCAGCCUUUGCUGUUUCUCUCUGUGCCACACAUUAAGAUCAGGAGCUUGGGGCAGCUGUCACGUUUGCUGCUUAUUGCCAAAGACAGAAAGCUGAAGGAAGCACAGGCUUGUAUCAAAGCUAACAGAGAUCCUGUAACAAAAAUCCUGGGUUUGGAUUAUAACACGGUGAAAGAAGACACAUCCACAGUAAAUAUUCUUGAUAAAAUUACCAAAGAUGAAGAUCCUGAGAGUGAGAUAAAGAUGAAGGUUGGCAUGCUGCUUAAGCAACUGGAUCUGUACCUACUGAAUCAUUCUCUAAAACGUAUUUCAUUACAAAUCUGUUUAAACCCAACAACUGUUAAGAACCAUAUAGAACUGCUGAAACAUUUCUCAGGAAAAGGAGAACAAACUGUCUUGGAAUCUAUUGACUAUACUUCAGAUUAUGAAUUUUCAAAUGGAUGUCGAGCCCCACCUUGGAGACAAAUUCAUGGGGAAAUUUGUUACGUGCUGGUAAAACCCCAUGAUGUUGAAACUCUGUGUGUUACUUGUAGUACAGAAGGAGUAUUUUUAAAUGGCGGCAAAACAGAAGAUGAGGGGGAAAUUAAUUAUGAGAGAAAAAGUGAAAUUUAUAAAGACCUUGUCACAUUUUUAAAAGAAAAAUCGGCAAAAUUUUCAGAAAAUAUGUCUAAACAGGAUAUUAGAUUCACUGAAGAAUGGAAAAAAGAAAAUGAAGAGCCUAAGGAGGUACCUAAGAAGGAAGAAGCAGACGCCCUUCCUAAAGCUUUUCUUGCUUCAAGCAAGAAUAUACUAGAGAAGAACCAAAUUAACUUCGGGAAGAUUCAAAUGACCAAGAGAUUAGAGCCAACUUUAAACUGGAAGGCCACUGUUGAUUUCAAAAAGCACAAAAGCUUACUAAGAAACACUCAAGAGAAAAAACAUGGAGGAAGACUUGGAAGGUCAGGACCACCUGUUUCACCUGGAAGAGCACAGUUAGUUCGUAAGAGUGCUGAGAAGAUUGAGGAAAUUCUUAGUGACAGCUCCUCAGAGAAUGAGGAAGAUGAAGAACCACCUGAUCGUCGUCAGGAAGCAAAUGCAGAUUUGCCAUCUGAAUAUUGGCAAAUUCAGAAACUGGUGAAAUAUUUAAAGGGAGGAAAUCAGACAGCUACAGUGAUUGCAUUGCGUUCAAUGAAAGAUUUCAACUUGGCGCAAGAGACCUGCCAGUUGGCAAUCAGAGAUGUUGGAGGCCUUGAAGUUUUGAUAAAUUUACUGGAUACUGAUGAAGUCAAAUGUAAGAUUGGUUCAUUAAAAAUCCUAAAGGAAAUCAGUCAUAAUCCUCAAAUCAGACGUAAUAUUGUUGACCUUGGGGGCUUACCAGUUAUGGUUAAUAUACUUGAUUCUCCACAUAAGAGUCUGAAAUGCCUGGCAGCUGAGACAAUCGCAAAUGUUGCCAAGUUUAGAAGAGCCCGACGGGCAGUGAGACACCAUGGAGGCAUUACCAAACUGGUCGCUUUACUGGACUGUGCACAGAGUUCAGCAAAACCAGCUCAAUCAAGUCUGUAUGAUGCCAGAGACGUGGAAGUAGCUCGCUGUGGGGCACUGGCAUUAUGGAGCUGUAGUAAGAGUAAUGCAAAUAAAGAAGCCAUUCGUCAAGCCGGCGGCAUUCCUUUGUUGGCUCACUUACUGAAGACUUCUCAUGAAAACAUGCUAAUUCCAGUGGUGGGGACAUUGCAAGAAUGUGCAUCAGAGGAAAACUACCGAGCUGCAAUCAAAGCAGAAAGGAUAAUUGAAAAUCUAGUCAAGAACCUAAAUAGUGAGAAUGAACAACUACAGGAACAGUGUGCCAUGGCCAUCUACCAGUGUGCUGAGGAUAAGGAAACCCGUGACCUGGUUAGACUGCAUGGAGGACUUAAACCCCUGGCCAGUCUGCUCAAUAACACUGACAAUAAAGAACGGUUGGCUGCUGUCACUGGGGCAAUAUGGAAAUGUUCCAUCAGCAAAGAGAAUGCGACCAAGUAAGAGAAGCCUUUCAAUAUUCUAUAAU